GCCGCGCAUGCGGACGGGGGGGCGCCGAGAGCCGUGCCGGAGCAGCGCGGGCGGCAGGUAACGCCGGGGCCGCGACGGGGGCCGGGUGGGGUCCUGCGCCGCUGUCCGGCUGGAGCCCGGUGCUGUCCUCUAGACCUCACCGAGGCCGAGGCGGGCGUCCUCCGAAUCACCUUGCCGCUGCGGGGUUGGGCCAGAGGCCCGAGGGGGCGCCGGCCGCUCGCUCCGGCGGCAAAUCCUCGUCCUCCGGGUGACGGGCUGCCGAAAGGGCAGCCCCGGGACGCGGGGCCGGCUCUGUCCCUGACACCGGUCGGCCGGGGGACUUGCAGCCGCUCCGGUUUCUCGGCCGGGAGGCACGAACUUGUGGGGCGGCAACGCCCGAGCGUUCCCACGGCGCCGGCAUUGGGCCGGGAAGCGGCGGCGGAGCGCGACCGCUCCGUUACCCGUUGCGUAACGCGGGCGGUGCCCUGGGCGGGUGCGGCGCUCGCGCUCCCGGGGUCGCGCAGCCGCCGCCCCUCCGGCUCCGCUGCCAAAGGUGCGGAUCAUGAUCAUGGAGUGUUCUGUAUGGGCUCCAGAUUCUCUAAACCCACAGAUCCAAUGGCUGUCCCACCGUCAUACAGUGACUUGGGAAAGUCUGCCAGGGAUGUUUUUAACAAGGGAUAUGGAUUUGGAAUGGUCAAAUUAGAGUUGAAGACCAAGUCUUCCAGCGGGGUGGAGUUCACCGCAACCGGUUCUUCCAACACGGACACAGGCAAGGCUUCAGGCAGUCUAGAGACCAAAUAUAAGGUCAAAGACCAGGGACUGACAUUCGUCCAGAAGUGGAACACAGAUAACACACUGGGAACAGAAGUUUCUGUUGAGAAUCAGUUGGCUGCAGGGUUGAAGCUGGGUCUUGACACUACAUUUGUACCAAACACAGGGAAGAAGAGUGGAAAGUUGAAGACCUCCUACAAAAGAGAUUAUAUACAUGUAGGCUGCAACGUAGACAUUGAUCUCUCUGGACCAACCCUUUAUGGCUGGGCAGUGUUGGGCUUUGAAGGCUGGCUUGCUGGCUACCAGAUGGCUUUUGAUACAGCCAAGUAUAAGACUACACAAAAUAAUUUUGCCUUAGGAUAUAAGGCGGGAGACUUUCAGCUGCACACUAGUGUGAAUGAUGGCACAGAGUUUGGUGGGUCUAUUUAUCAGAAGGUUAAUGAUAAAGUGGAGACAUCAGUCAAUCUUGCAUGGACUGCUGGCAGUAACAACACACGUUUUGGUAUUGCUGCAAAGUACCAAAUGGAUGAGAAGACUUCCGUUGUGGCUAAAGUCAACAAUGCCAGCCUCAUUGGAAUUGGUUAUACUCAGAUCCUCCGACCUGGUGUAAAGCUGACCCUCUCAGGCUUGAUUGACGGCAAAAAUUUCAGUGCUGGAGGUCACAAAAUUGGGCUGGGAUUUGAGCUGGAAGCUUAACACAGCUUUAAGUAAAACAACUGGUGGUGCUCUGGAAGAUGAGGAAAAGUGUACCCAGUGCAUUUCAGCCUUAAUAUUACUCUGAAAUUUGAAGAAGUGUGAACUUUCUACUCUUCCCACGAAUGACUUUAACCCAAUGCUGAAGUCCAGAGUGUGCCAGCACAACAAAGGAAGACACUUGAAGGCAUGCAUGGAAGUUGUGAUGUUUGUGCCGCAUUUCAGUUUCCUUUAUUUUAAACCUGUUCCACAAAAAAAAAAAAACCAAAAAAAAAAAAAAAAAAAAAAAAACCCAAAAAAAAAAAAACCAAAAAAAAAAAAAAAAAACAAAAACAAACAAAAAAAAAACAAAAAAAAAAAAAAAAAAAAAACAAAAAAAAAAAACAAAAAAACAAACAUAAAAAAAAAAAACCAGAAGAAAAUCCAACCUCUCCCCAUUAUUGUAUUGCAUUUUGCAUGUCCUGUACUUCACAGGCUUUUAUAAAAGGAGGUCUCUGUGCUGUAGUGGAAAUUUGGGGUUACAUCAGAAUGAAAUAAAGUGGUCACAGUCAGAACAUAA